CGAAGGAAUUGCUCAAGAAUUAUUUCAUGGUGUUUAGGGGAUUUUGUUUGGUUUAUCAUUCCUCUUCAUACACAGGAAAUUAGUACUGUUUUUGUUACAUGGUUGAUAGGAUCUUUGCUCUUUCCCGGAUCUGGCCGGGAUGUGGGGAGAAAAUCCCGCCUUUCCAUGUUUGUUACUAGCAUUUGAAGGUAUCACUUUUAUAGUUGAGUGAAUUAAUAACAUUGGAAAACAAUUUUUUUGAAUAAACAACGUUUCAGUUCUGUGCCUGUUCAUGACGCGAUACUACAUGAAGUUCUUUGCCAGGCGUUUUUAAACAUGGCGGAUUACAAAGUGAUUUUCACGUGUUUAUUUUCAAGUGUAUCUCGGCACCCUAGAUGUCUUUUAAGAACGCUUUCUUUAAGACAAAGGUUGUUCACAACUGGUUCCAUACAGAGGAAGGAAAAUGAAGGAGAGAAUUCUACGAAUAUGUUUGAAUUUUAUCAUAAAAAUCCCGAGCAUUUGCAAGAGCGGCAAAUCAGAGAAAUUAAGUUUGAUGUUGACCAAGAACUUAUGGUUGAAAAGGAGAAAACAGAAAGAAAGCCACCUGUUAUUGAACCUGAAAAAGCAGCAUGGAGCGAAGGGUGUAAGAGAGUGGGGGCUAUUGGAGUGAAGUUAGGAAUGAUGCCUUUAUGGUUGAAGAACGGUCAGAGAGUUCCAGUGACUGUAGUACAGGUGAUGUAUAUAGAUCAGGUGGUUUCAUUCAGGGUUGUCGGAGAUGGGUUGGGUGGGUUUUGUUGAACACCAUUAGAUAGACGAUAUUAGGGCCCAGAAUCUGUGGUGGACACUUCAUGAAAUAUUUGGGGAGAGGGAGGGGGGGGGAGGGGUUAGGUUGUCAGUAUAUGACCACCUUCCAGUACGUGUGGAAAGUUUGUAUUGGGCAGUGGAGAUAUUGGGCACACAAUUUUGAUGUUUUCUAUAUAUUUACUACGAAAUGUUCUCUGCCGUGCAAUUUCUAAACUUUCCAGUCAGGACCACCUUUUGUAGCUGGAAAUCUAUUAAGUUCUUUGAAAAUUUCAAUUCUGGUUAAAUUUUUGCCAAAGCUCUGUAGAUAGCAAGAUGGAAAAUUGAUGAUAUUAAAUUGGAUUGGGCAAAUUGUGUCAGUUGUCUAGAAAGACUGGUUUGUAAUGGGGUUAAGAAGGUGGCUAGAACAAUUAUGGAAUAUGUGUUUCUGGUGUUCCACUGCUGUCAAGCAAACUUUUCAGCUUUUCCAGUGUGCCCUCAGAGUAACAUUGCCAACACAUAAUUGUAGAAUAGCAGAUUGCUGUUCCAUCAUAAGUUUAUAAAUGUCAUAAUGAAUAUUAGAAAAUAUUGGGAUUGUUUUCAAAUUACAAAGAUUAAAGAUUGCCAAGUUCUGGCAACAAGAAUAUCCAGAGAACUUGGUGGAAAUGAUGAUGUAACUGCUUUAGAAGUUGGAGCCAUAAAUGAAAAAGAUCUGGAAAAGGUAGAAACAGAAAUUGGAAUAUCUCAUGGUGCACCAUUUCACAUCUUGUCUUCUAUCUUGGUCAUUAAAUGUUAUAAUAACAUACUGCCUAUUACAUGUAAACCUCUGUUACAAGAUCAUAAAUUUUGGCAGAAUGGAUAAAUCAGCAAUAUUUCAUUUACAUAAAAAUAUCACUUACUGCACAGAGCACAGAGCUAGCCCAUGGACAAAAUACCUCAAUUUUGAGACACUUUCUUCAGAGUCUGAAAUAACGGUUACCAAUGGGCUCCAGGAGACAAAAUGGAAUCGAAAAAUGUCCAACCAAAUUUGAAACUUCUUUGAUGAAAUUUCAUUUUGGUCAGUUUUUGAACGUAAUUUCAGGGUCUGUUGAUUGUGUGCUUUUGUGGCUGAUAGCUAGCCUGAUACUGACAAUAAAUUACGUAUCUCCUUUUUUGUGUACAUUACUGCAUAAUCUGAAUUAUUUAGUCACUGACUGACCAAUCCAAAUUAUCCUCGGGCACCAUGAUACACCACAGGAACAAUUUAAGUUAUUAAAUUGAAAAGAAAACCAAUGUUUGUUAAGGUGAACAAGACAGAUUUUGGACGUUUUGUUAAAUAUGGCGUUCUUCCUAAGAAAAAAGUUUCAAGUUUUUCUGUCAGUCCCAGCGCUCUUCUUUUACCAGGUGAAUAUUCAAUAGAGGUAGGCAAAUAAAUUCGAAAUUGGGAAGAUCAGUCAUUAGUUAGGGCAACAGGGAUAUUAGAACUGUCUGUGCCAGUGUAGGUAGUGCCAAUGAAAUGAACAAGCUUUCGUUGGUAGGGAUGCAACUACCUGAAAAAUAUAUAAGGAGAAUUUCGACGUUUCGAGCGAAGGCCCUUCGUCUGGAGUUACUUGCCAAACUCCCGACGUAGCGCCUUCGCUCGACACGACAAAAUUCUCCUCCAAGAUUUUACUCGUCAAGGCUCAAAGUGCUGGCACUCGAUAGUUCAAACAAAAAUCUUUGACAGACCCAAUCCUGGAAACUACAGUUAUAUGACAACUAAGUCUAUAUUAUUUAUUAUGAGAAUAUAGUUUUCUGGUUUUAGGAACAGAAAUUCUGAGUGGACAUUUUUAUCCAGGACAAUUUGUUACAGUACAAGCGAAAACGUAAGUUAGGAUAAAUAGUAAAAAAAAGGUUAAGGUGGCUCGAUACAGUUUUCAAAAAUUCAGGUGUUUAACACUUUGACAUGUUCAAACUACGUAUUUUUAGGAUUUAUUCAGCAGAUAUUGGGUUUUUUAUAUAUUUUGAUAACUCUACUUUCAAAUUAUAUUAGUUUUAGUAACAGACAGAUCGUUGCUAUGACGACAUACGUGUACGAAAUUCACUCCAAAAUGGCCUAUCGUCUCGUAUAGUUGGAAAAAAAGCAUGGUGACCCCCAAUUUUUUUUCGUGCAUUAUUUUACUUGGACGAAAAGCUAACAAUUAGCAAAAUAUAAAAAAAUUCUGUAAUGCCAUUUUUUUGGAAAAUGCGAAAAUGUCAUAUUCUUCGGUAAAAUUUUUUUGGCAUUACAGAAUUUUUUUAUUUUUUGUAUAAUAAAAGUUUUUAGCGGUGCAAUACAGCAUGCAAAAUUUGAACAUAUGUCACCAGACAAAAUAAAGAGAUAUAGCGCAUUGUUUUUCUAAAAUGGAAAAUUCUAAUGACGUCAGCAAUUGACAUAAAACGCUAUAGAACACGCGGAAUGGCGUGAUAUGGCGCGAGCAACUGCUCACGUCAGGUUAUUUUGGAAGUUCUUUAAUUUUGUCAGGAUUUUGUUAAUCAGUUUCCGCGACCUGCGCGUAAAAAUAGUCGCCCGGUUUUGAGUUCGCGAUUCUUGAGCAGGAUUUUUGUAAUAACUAUAUCGAGCCACCUUAAACCAUGUCGCUGCAAUGCAUCUAAUGCCAGACAAUUUUACGUAUCAAGGGAGAAUCUUGUGUAGUAAUGGGUUAACCAAACUAUCUGCCAAUGUGUCUUGUUAACCAUUAAGCUGCAAUACACUCAAAUGCACCUUACUCUAAUUAAAUAUUUUACUUUGUAUAAAGCUAGACAAUUGUCUAACCCCGUGUCAUGUACGCAUAUGCACCUAUUUUUAUACUUUUCGCUUUUAUUUACUUGUUUUUGUGCGUACAGAAUUUUGUAAUGCGUACUAGGUACAUAUAGCGUUCUCCGUGCAUGGGCACGUUGUCUCACAAGAGACACGACGGGUCUAAAGCCAGCUCAUGUUCCCUAUUGGCGAAUAUCCAGAUAUGAUUAUUAGCCAGUAAUCAGUCCAGUCUAAAAUUUUUAAAUGUCGCAUCGGUGGCUACGGGCCUGCAUGUCAAUAUUGUUAUUGACAACUCUUUUUUACAGGAAGGACAAAGGAUUUCAAGGUGUAAUGAAGAGAUGGGGAAUGAAGGGUCAACCUGCGUCUCAUGGACAGACAAAAACACACAGAAAGAUGGGAGCAACUGGAGGCGGAGGGGUGAUUGUCUUUCUUUUCAUUAUCUUCCAAUUUGAAGACUCGCUUAUUUUAAUGGAUGCCCCAAAAAUUUGCUUUACCUGCUCUAUAUGUUCUUGGCCGUUUGGCUUCCGCCUUACGAUUUAAGGGUGGAUGGUAGGGAAAGGACAGAGUGAACCCCACUGUUAAUUGGACGGCCGAGAAACUAGUCUUGACUUCACAUUUUUAAAUUUGUUUCAGACUCCAGGUCGAAUCUGGCCAGGAAAGAAGAUGCCUGGUCACAUGGGAAAUAAGAAUAGAACAAUUUACGGUGCUAAGGUACGUUCAUCUUGUUGAAAAUCAACGUUUCAAAAACCGUGACCAAAAACCCUAAAUACACUCUUCCGGAAAGUACUCGGUUGUAGUGUCUUGUUUUCGUGAUUUCAUACAUUGGUUUAGAGUCCUUUAUCUUGUUACAUGUGACACAUUUACGAAAUCAUUCAGUUAUAUUUAGAUCAUUUAAGAGACCUUUAUAUAAUUAGGUCGUCAGUAACAAGAUAAAGGGCUUUGAAGCCGAUAUCUCAAUCGCGAAAACGAAGGUCCUUUAUGAAAGGGUCUAUUGAAAUGCAACCUCGUCCAAAUAUUUUCCCCAUACAACAGCAAAGGCCAGAAAAUUGAAAUUAUUGAUCCUUGUAUGCAAUAAACCAGUACCCAAGUUUUAUCAGAGAGUUUCAGACUUGACUUCCACUACCGCUCACUUUAGCCAAUCAGAUGCGUUUGAUAUAUUCAAUUAACCAAUCAGAUGCGUUUGAUGUGUCCGAUUAACCAAUCAGAUGCGUUCGAUGUAUCCGAUUAACCAAUCAGAUGCGUACUACAGCCAGCGAGAGGUAGCGGAAGUCAAAGCUAAAUCUCUCUAUCUUCAAUUUUAGAUUUACCGUAUCAAUACAAAAUACAAUGUACUCUAUAUUCAUGGUCAGAUACCUGGACCGAACGGCGGCAUGGUCAAAGUGAAAGAUGGUGUAGCAGGUCACAAACAGCCACCUCCAUAUCCAACAUAUUUACCCCAUCAUCAUGGACCUUUACCUGAAGAACUGAUAGAUGAGAGUAUACAGGACUUUGAAGAUGAUUCAAUAAGCUUUUCUAAAGGAUAAGGAUGUCUUAGAAUUUGGUCAACAAAUGUGAAAAUGUCGUAUUUACUCGAUUUCAAUGGAAACCGCCUAGGAAACGUUACCCUCUGUUAAACGCAGCAAGUUUGACUUAAAUAUUUCACGAUAUGCUCGAAUUAGGCUGGAUUAACAGCCUUCAUUAGGGGAAUGUAAGUUCCCCCACUCCUCAAGGAGAAUCAACGGUCGGUUCGAAGCCAGCAGAUUUUUACAUGGCAUAUAUUUCGUCGCUUGCCAUUGGACACAAAAUGGAAUACAGACACAGACAAUUCAAGAUGGCGAAUUAACUUAACAAUUUACAUAAAGCACAUGUUUACAUCUGAUUACAAGUGGAAUAUUUUCCGAUUGCAGUUCGUUAUUUUUUCUUCAUUCAAUUGUUUUUCAUUCUUCCUGCUUUGAAUUUGGAUAUUUUUCUUGUUUCUGGUUUCUGUUGCUAUAGAAAAAGAAAGUGAUAAAAUCACGGGUUUCACAUCGUAUUCACACGUAAUACCCAAUACAAUGAGGAUGAAAUAAUAUACCUUAUCUUUUUCAAUGCUAGCGCUUGUACUUGGUAUAUCUUUAUGCUCAACAACAACAUCAGCAAAUGCCUAAAGAGUGGGUCAGUCAAAAAAUGUUAGAGCAUCCGUCUAGAAUAUGAAGGAUGGUGGGUUCAAACCCCACUUCGGGCUUAGGAUUUUUCUGGGCUACUUGUGUAUGAAGAUUUUAAAGAGUAUUUUCUUCCUCCAGUUCAACCCCUCGCCAUUUUUGUCAAUGUCGUUAACUCCGAAGCUUUUAUUAUACCUGAAGCACUUUUUCUUCUUUGGUAUUAUGCUCUUGAUUUUGGGUCAAGUUACCCUGUUGUAGUUCAGGUAUUUUUGACAUUGAUGAUUGUUCAUCUGUGGAGUUCUUCAAUUGAGAAUGUUGUUGUUCCAUGUUUUUCUCGAGAUAGUGUGUGAGAAUAUCUGCUGGUGAAGUUAUAUUUUGUCUUUUUUCGUGACUUUCCAUUUCUUCAUGACUUGUAAUCUAAAAUUAGAAUUUUCUCUAUAUGGUUUUUGUACUAUUACAACAUGAGCAGACACGUUGUAUGGGAUAUACAAACUCGAG